GCCCCGGGCCCGCGGGCCCCGUGCCCCGGGAGGCUGUCGGGGGGCGGCGGCGGCGGCGGCCCCCCCCCCGCCGCUCCUAUGUCGGAGGGGCCGCCCUACGGCGAGGGGCAGCUGGCGGGGGACGCGGCCGUGGGGCAGCUGCCGUUCCCCGUUCGGCUCCGCGGCCCCGACGGGCUCCUGGCCGGCGGGCAGGGCAAGCGGCCGCCCAAGCUGGGGCAGAUCGGCCGCAGCAAGAGAGUGGUUAUUGAAGACGAUCGAAUCGAUGAUGUGCUACAAAACCUCUCGGAAAAAGCCCCUCCUGAUGUUUAAAGCCUCCCCGGGGACACCCGGGGAGCCGGGGCCGGAGGGUGGGGGGGGUGUUCGGUUUACAAUGGCACAGGUUAUGGGCAGAAAAUAACCACCACCAACCCCCCCGCCAAGACCGCAGCGCCUGUAUGCUGAGCGAGCACUUGGAGAGCCGUCCCCGUCGCACAGCAGCGCAGCCUCUGCCCUCCAGGAGCCCUGCCCAGCCACGGCCACCAAACUACUGAUAAACCACUGGAAAACGAGAGAAUCGCGAAAAAUACCCCCCCCCCCCCGAUCCCUUAUCCCAACCUGCGGCACAAGGGAUGAACGGAGGCAGCGACACCGCGGCUCGGAAUCACUCGCGAUUCCUCCUCUGGGUCUGAUGAACCUUGCACCACGCGAGAUCUUGGGGGGGGGGGGGGGGGUAAGAAGGGAAAAAGGGGGUGGCAAAAGAUGGAAGGGGUGGAAGCGAGACCCCCCCCCUCCCCCGGGGGUCUCCCCCCUUUCCAGGGGCAUUCCCAGCGGGCACCUUGUUUACAUUAUUUAACCUUGCAAAAAUGAAUCCGUGCACUUGGAUGUACCACGCUCCCCCUUCCCUUCCGAGGUUGGUUUGUUUUUUAUGUUGAUGUCUUUGGAUGUUGGAAAACUAUAUAAAAUAUAUAAAUAUCUCUUUCGUUUUAGUCACGUUUUAAGGUUCUCGAGGGGGAAACCCCCAAACUUUUAUAAAGGAAGGGCCUAGAGGAAGAAGCGCUGGCUAUUUUUUAAAGCUUGUAUUUCUUGGUUGCUGUGAGCAAAGGGACAGAUUUUAUAUGUACAGGGGGGUGGGGGGUGCUCGGCUUUUCUAACUACCCUGCAGUCUGUAGUGUGGUGAUUUGUUUGGUUUGGGGUUUAUUUUCCUUCUGUUGUGGCCGUUUCUUUAAUAGACUGUAUUCAAAUGACAUAGAUAAACUAACCUGAUGUAAUCACAAGAGUGCCAAACACUUGGAGAUGCCGGAGGGCAGCGAUUCCCUCCCCGAGUCAAGCAGCACUUGGGGUUUUCUGCUCUUUCGAGGGCUUGGGCGAAUCUCUCGUGGGGUUUUUCUUUGACUUCUCUUUUCUAAUCUUUCUUUUGAACUAUUUUGCAUGAUGUGCAUAUAAAAAAGAGGUAAAAAACAAAAAAAAAAGCCUCUUGGCGAGGGCUUGUUUCUGUUUGCGACUGAGUGACCGACCUCCGGGCAAGGUUUUCUUUCCUCCUUUUCUGAGAUAUUGUGUAUGUUGCACUUCACUCCACAGGGCUAUUUCUGCGAUGUCCAAAUAAAGAGGAAAAUGAAACAAAAA